GUUUUGCGGUGACGGGUCACGUGGACGGAGCGGGAAAAAGUCACGUGUUCGUGAGCGAGGUGGAGCCGUGCGGGCCGUCGGCUGCAGAAGGCCUCAGGGCGGGGGACGAGGUGCUGGCUGUGAACGGGGCCAUGGUCUCCGGUCUGGACCUGGACCUCCUGCAGAGUCUCUUCAGCCAGCAGAAGCUGCAGCUGCUGCUCCGUAGAGACCAGGACGCCCCCGAGCCGCCGCAGCCGCCGGCGCCACCAGACCUCCACACCUGCACUGUGACCGAUUCUUUAGAUGACGCCUCACUUCCUGUUUGUGACGACGUCUCGUCAGAGCGCCGCGAGGACGGCGAGCUGCAGCGACGGGUGAGACUGACGUCUUCAUUUCGGUUUGUCCUCUUUGUCCUCUGCUGUGUGUGAAUGUUUGAACCUUGAGACCGCCGGACUCGACGAACCCAUCGGACUGUGGAGGUCAAAGGUCACCGUUAGUGAGAGGCAGAACUCGAAAAAAAAACAAACAAAAUCAAACAUGAGCAAGAAAAUCCACCAGAACAACCGGCGCCGAUUCAGAGAACGAACCGAAUUAUUUUAGAAAUA